UGGUCGUUAGACGGUUGGAGGGCAGCACAAGACGUCGUAACUGUCCGCAGGCCCUCGGCGUCUAGCGCCCGCCGGCGGCCCAUCCCGUCAUGUCAGGCACUGCUUGGCUUUAGUUCUUCAGGCCUCCGCCCACCCGCCUACCCGAAGCCGCGCCCACCGCCCAGAGCCAGAGGGAUGGUGGUAGUCACCGGGCAGGAGGAAGACAGCCGUCACUCGGACGGUACCAUGUCCAGCUCCGAAGCCGAAGACGACUUCCUGGAGCCGGCCACUCCUACGGCCACGCAAGCGGGGCACGGGUUGCCCCUGCUGCCCCAGGAGUUUCCUGAGGUCGUCCCCCUUAACAUCGGAGGGGCUCACUUUACCACGCGCCUGUCUACUCUGCGGCGCUAUGAAGACACCAUGCUGGCUGCCAUGUUCAGCGGGCGGCACUACAUCCCUACAGACUCCGAGGGUCGGUACUUCAUCGACCGAGAUGGCACACACUUUGGAGAUGUGUUGAACUUCCUGCGUUCAGGGGACCUGCCACCUCGGGAGCACGUGCGAGCUGUGCACAAAGAGGCUCAGUACUACGCCAUUGGGCCCCUCCUGGAGCAGCUGGAGAACAUGCAGCCACUGAAGGGGGAGAAGGUGCGCCAGGCCUUCCUGGGGCUCAUGCCUUAUUACAAAGACCAUUUGGAGCGGAUCGUGGAGAUUGCCCGGCUUCGCGCAGUACAGCGGAAGGCCCGCUUUGCCAAGCUCAAAGUCUGUGUCUUCAAGGAAGAGAUGCCCAUUACCCCCUAUGAAUGUCCACUCCUUAACUCCCUCCGCUUUGAGCGGAGUGAGAGUGACGGCCAGCUCUUUGAGCACCACUGUGAAGUGGACGUGUCUUUUGGGCCCUGGGAGGCAGUGGCUGAUGUAUACGACCUCCUGCACUGCCUGGUCACGGACCUCUCAGCCCAGGGCCUCACGGUGGACCACCAGUGUAUCGGGGUGUGUGACAAGCACCUCGUCAACCACUACUACUGCAAACGCCCCAUCUAUGAGUUCAAAAUCACAUGGUGGUGAGUCGUUCUGGUAAGCAAGAGUCCCACGAAGGAGGAUGCCCGUCCUCUUGGGUGACUCUGGGAGUCUGAUCCCCACAGGGGCUGCUGACUGUCCCAGAAGCUGCUGAGGUGAGGGCAGAGCACUGAGACACAGAUGCAGAGGAGAGGUGCUGCUGCAGUCUCCCUGGUUCGAGUACCUUGGGGACUCGGUCUGCUCUCACCUGGUCUUCUCUUCAAGGCCUGGCAGUCUUCACUAGAAGCCACAAGAUAUAGCAAGGAUGUCACUGGGAGUCCAGAGGGCUUUUGAUACCUUCUUGACGCCCUGCAGGAGAGCUCCUGCCCAUUUCUGAUGGAGAUAUCAUCACUGCCUCACCUUCAAGAUGCUUGAACCUUCUAAUGCUCAGUGUGUCAGGCGGGAUAAGGAGUGAGCUAGGGGAUUUACCCAAGCUUCGGCCAUGUAGCCCUGGCCAAAGAAGAAAGCAUACUUCUCCUCCCCGUGUGCUCCUUGCUCUUCCAAUGACUUGCAGUACCUUGUCUUAGGAUGCAGAAAGAUAUGUCCCAUGCUCCCAGAACAUGUCUGUCACCUUCUCUUGGAGAUUAACCAUAGCUGCCACAGCCAUGUACCAAGUUGGGCCUUAGAAAAACCACAUGUUUACAGCCCUGCCCUGGAGCUUUGGCAUAGCCCUUCUUUGCAGGGUUUAUCCUCUCACAGGGCUGGAAAUAUUAAGUCCUAAAGGUUCUUUCUGAAGAUUCCCCAAGUCAGGCAGACAAGGAGCCUGGAUCCUCUUGAUACAGAGGAUGCUUCUCAGAUGCCAAGAACACGGGGCCUUGCCGCUGAGUCUUAUGUUGGGAGCCAGUGUGGCGAACCUCUCUGAAAGGGAUGCUCUCUUUCUUUGAUAGUUUUUGUUCAGGGUGGUGGGGGCUUGCUCCAAAGUCAGGGGCAACUAAGACAAUACAAUAUGUACCCCGAGAUCAGAGGAUCAGAGUGGUGCAGUCAGACAGUCAGGGGCUAAAGGCAUCUGUCUGCUUCCAAGGAAUAGAAGGCCUGGGCCUUCUGGGCCUGAGCGAAAUUCUUCUGUGUAGCUAGAGGGUAGUGAGUUUCCUGAGCUCUUGUGGAAACAGGCAGUUUUGAACUUGCAUCUCACUUUGAGUAUAACAGAGCUAGAGGCUGAGGUCCAUGAGGGGAUGAGUGUCAGUCAUCUUCCAGUACACCUGCUCUCUCUGGUCUCCCCGGCAAACAGUCGCAUCUUCUGAGGUGCUGAUGCUCCUGCUUGGCGUUUAGCCCAGCACUGUGGCUUGUUUUAACCGAUUGUAUUUUUAUUUUUUGGACAGGGUCUCAUGUAGCCCAGGCAGGCCUCCUAUUAGUUGUAGAGCUAAGGAUGAUUUUAUACUUUUGACCUUCCUGCUUCUACCUCCGAAGCUCUGGGAGACACAGGCAUGUCCCACCCUUUGUGUUCAAUGUUCAGAGAGAGCUAGUGAAGUACCUGUUCAGGAUGAUGUCCAUGUGGGCAGAAAGCAGACAGUUAAGCCCGGGGCACUUAGUAAUCGAGCCUGGGGUUCUUUUCUUCCUGCUCUAGAAUAUUGCAAUGCUUGGAAAAUUAGAACCCACAAACAUAAGACAGAAAGGAAACUGAUCCGCUAAAAAAACAAAACAAAACAAAACAAAACAAAACAAAACAAAACAAAACAAAACGGGGCCAGACUGCUUGCUUAAGGUUACAAGAUGCUGGGUAAAGAUGUUGUCUUUGUGACUUGCUGGAGACAUUGUUUUUCUGAUCCCUUUUUUAUUCUCAGGAUGAUAUGGUUUGUACCAUUGUGGCAUAAGAAAGCUCUAGGCUGCUGGGGCAGGCAGAGUUCGCACACAAGUUAGCCAGCUCAGAAAUCCCUCUUUUUCUUUUUUCUUUUUUUUUUUUUUUUUAAUUUUUUUUUUUGAUAGUUGGCUUGAUAUUUAUGGUAUUAGGGGGGCAAACCAUGUACUGAAUCGUCUUGUGUGUGUGUGUUUUUUUUUAAAUAACAAAAUCCUUUGCGUUUUUAAGCCAGCGACUUGUACACCGUCUUGCAGCACAGAAACUUUUCUUUGUACUACAAAAUAUAUUUAUUAUAAUUCUAAUUCUCCCUUGACUAGUGACAUAGAAAUAUGAAAUAAAGCAAUAUAUAUUGGGA